UGAUCCUACUGGCUGUUGUUGAUGCCUGAAGUUGCUGUUGUUUGGACGCCGUGUCGCUCUUAUCAGGUCCUGACAUUGAAGACACGUUAAAGCGCAGAAAGGGACACGGUGGGCAUUUACCGGCGGACGAGCUUAUGAGUGACACGGAAAGCGUCUCCGCGCGAGCACUUGGGAAUUUGCGCACGAGCGGCGAAGAGCUAGCGCUCGAGCUUAAAGCUUCGCUGAAACGAAAAAAGAAAAACAGCAGAGGCAGCCGACGGCUCGGCGUGCUGUCUUUUGUUAAUGUCGUGUCAGUUUGAACCGUGAUAUUCAUUAUUUCUGUCUUGACUUUGAGAGUUUUUUACGUUAUUUAUAUUUAUACUUGAUUGAAAAUAAGCCAACGGGGCAGCUAGCUCGUCCGCUAAUGUUAGCUUGUAGCGCGAAGAAAAACAGUCUUGUUGACAAGAUUUGAUGCUUUCGUAACCGCCCAACUGUGACAGAUAAUAAACAUAACGGGCGGAAACAGCUGAGUUUGAAAGCGCUAUUUUCGUGCCUCCGUAUUAGUUUGUUUUGUUUUAACCUGUCUGCCACUGGAUCCAGUGCUCUGUUAGGAAACACGGCACCACAGAAGUUCGUGUUUAGUUACUGAAUCGAAGCCUGUUGGAGGCAUUUGUGGCUGUCGGACAAGUUUCUGAUUAAACUCGGUGGAUUAGUUUUUUAAUCCUCAUCGAUUCAUUUAAAAACACACAAACAAGCAGUCAGCUAGUUGACAGCUGGCCUCGUGCGUUUUAGGUUUGCUGAACGUUGCGUAAUUUAUGUUCAAGCUGGCAGCCAAUGUUGGGCAACUUGUUAAAUUCCAAGUUAAAACUUUUGCGUUUUAGGGAAAGUUUGUGUGCUUUGUAUGUGAUUUUAAGGCCCUUUUACUUUCUCUUCUUUGGUACCAUUUUAAUGUCAAGGACGUAUGACAUGAGAUAAAAAGUACACAUUUACUGUAAGACUGAGUGGCUGUUCUGAUUCUCAUGAAUUUGAUAGCUUUGGAGAAAUAAUAAGAGUUAUGAUUUAAAGUAGCCCUCAGAAAUCCUGUGGGAAAGUACUGUGUUCAGCAAAGAGAGAGAGGGUCCCUCACAGGGUCCCAUCGUGUCUUGAGGUGAGGUGAGCUGCCCCCCACUACUUGCCAAUGCUGGAUCUGGAGGUGGUGCCUGAGAGAUCACUAGGAAAUGAACAAUGGGAAUUCGCCUUAGGGAUGCCAUUUUCCCAGGCCAUCUCUAUCCUUCAGAAACACUGCCGCAUCAUCAAAAAUGUCCAGGUGCUAUACAGUGAACAGACGCCACUCAGCCAUGACCUCAUACUGAACUUGACUCAGGAUGGGAUUAAACUGCUGUUUGAUGCCACAAAUCAGAGACUCAAGGUGAUUGAAGUGUAUGACCUGAGCAAAGUCAAGUUGAAAUACUGUGGAGUCCAUUUCAACUCUCAGACCAUUGCCCCCACGAUAGAGCAAAUAGACCAGUCAUUUGGCGCUACACACCCUGGAGUUUAUAAUGCUGCAGAGCAGUUGUUCCAUCUCAACUUUCGGGGACUGUCCUUCUCUUUUCAACUGGACUCAUGGAAUGAAGCUCCAAAAUAUGAGAGACCUUUAGUAUCUGCCAGUCCUGUACUACUUCCAGCUGUUUUGCCUUGGCAGCCUAACUUUGCCAUGGGUUUGGCCUCCCUGCAGAUUCCACAUGGGGCAAUGGUCAAGAGGAUGCACAUCUACACUGGCAACAACCUGCAGGAAACAAGAGCUCCUGCAAUGCCACUGGCUUGUUUCCUUGGUAACAUUUAUGCAGAGUGUGUGGAUGUCCUGAGGGAUCGGGCGGGCCCUCUGGGGCUCAGGCUCCGCCUUCUCACUGCAGGUUGUGGUCUCGGCGGGAUGACUGAUAGUAAAGUCAAGGCCCUAGAGAGGAGCAUCUACUUUGGAGAUUCCUGUCAGGAUGUGCUCGGUGCUCUGGGCUCCCCACAUAAAGUUUUCUACAAAUCUGAGGAUAAGAUGAAGAUCCACUCUCCGUCACCACAUAAGCAGGUCCCAUCUAAAUGUAACGACUACUUCUUCAACUAUUUUACCCUGGGAGUGGAUAUUCUGUUUGACUCGACAACUCACCUGGUUAAGAAGUUUGUUCUCCAUACCAACUACCCUGGACAUUACAACUUUAAUAUAUAUCAUCGGUGUGACUUUAAGAUUCCACUUGUCAUCAAAAAAGAGGGAGCAGACUCUCAGACUGAGGACUGCAUCUUAACUACUUACAGCAAGUGGGAUCAAAUCCAAGAACUGCUUGGCCAUCCAAUGGAAAAACCUGUAGUGCUGCACAGGUCCUCAUCAGCCAAUAACACGAAUCCUUUCGGCUCUACGUUCUGCUUCGGACUGCAGAGGAUGAUCUUUGAGGUGAUGCAGAAUAACCACAUAGCAUCGGUAACCCUCUACGGUGCUCCACGCACGACCAGUCACGCCCGACCCGAGUCCAGCAGUAGUUCCCACUAAACAAGUAACCGCAACCACAUCCCGUUUUGGCCUGUCGUGAAUCCAGUACUUCUACUGACUGACUUUCUAAUCCAGAGCCAGAUUCUUAACCAAGCAGACCUAACCGAACAAAGUUACUCUUACCCGGCACAGAUGCUAACAGAGAAACAGCUAAAAUCAGACACGGCAUUUACCAACUCUUCCUGUUGGAUACUAAGGCUCAUUCUUCCAAUCCGGCACACCCAUCUAGCACAGCUAAACCAACUCGGUCUAUCCCGGGACAUCCGAGAUCCAGUCACACAGUCUCUGUGCUGGAGCAUGGAGCGUUUUAUCUUGGUUAGUCCAACAGUCCCAGUGGUGCUGCGUUGUGGUAGAGCUCGACUGUUUCCUUUCCGUCCUUAAAAUGCUUUCACCCUGGACCAUGGGGGGGAAAAAAAGCUUGUCCAGACUUUAAGCUGGCACCAGUUUGUUUAUCAGCAGCCUCCGUACCGUUGUGGUGGUGGGACAGUUGGCGUUUGAAUUCAUCUGCUGCAAAUCUCAAGUUGUUUAACAUCAGCGUAAUAAUAUCGCAGCCGGAAGCUGCUGUGGCCAGACUCUGGAAACAAAGUGUAUCAAGUCAAACAACCACACUGCCAGCAAACCAGUACCGCCAGUCUUCCUGCCUCACCUUCAGAACCGCAUCCAAACUACAAAAAAACCAAACCAGUCCAACCAAGAGCCAUCAGAGCCAAAAUGCAGUGAAAGCUGCAGAUGAUUUUAACCAAAAACACGAGAAUCCCAAUUUGUCACACAAGACAAGAACCGCUCGCUCUCAGGGUUCGGACGGAGACGUCCUCCUGAACAAAACCCGCUUGAUGUCCCGCCCAGUUGAACCAGAUGUGAACAGAAAGAAAUCCCUCCCUGUCGUCUUCUUAUUCUUCCUUCAACUUUGCUCAGCGGCGCCCGCCAACACACACACACACACACACACACACAUCAGACACACGCACACACAGACACGCACACAGGCAAACAAAGCACACUCAACAGUACGGCUGCUGUUACGUCUCCCUGCAUGGACACGGUGACAGAAAUGAGCAUCUGCAUGUGGUGUGAGGCUAAUUUUUAAAAAUGACAUUUCAACAUGUGUUAAUUUAAGCUUGCACAAACACACACAGCAUCCUUUCAUUACUAAACUCAUGUAUUCCUGAUACAUGAAAGCUGAUUUUAGCCGUUUAAGCGUGAAAGAGACUGACAUGCAGGAAUGACACGAGAAUCUUUGCUGGACUUACUACAAGCACAAACUGACAGCCCGUUUUCUUUGAUUGCUUAUGUCUUCUUGCAUGUUGUGAGGGGUGUAGAGUCGCCACAGAGUUUCUUCAUUUUACCGCGGCCGCCCUUUUCACUCGUUCGCCUCGAGACCAUUUUCAUCGUGUACUGUUUUUGUUUUUUAAAUCCGUUCGUACAUUUGCACUAAUACUCACCUUUUUACUUGACUGUUUGAUUGAUCUUCAGAUAUGGAUAUAUUUUUUUUCGUACAUUGGAUGAGAGUGUGUGUGUGUGUGUGUGUGUGUCCUGUAUACAUAUGGAAAGAAAGAAGAGGCCCUUACGUGGUGCUCAGUGUUCGCAGUUCCGUCCUCUUUGUCGCUCCAUCUUCUGCUCCUUCUUCACGUCGCUGACACGUGACACAGUCUCCAUUUGUUUCCAUGUUGAAUUGCCAAACUGCGAUAGCCAAAGAGGUUUCAGGAUGUUGUUAUUUGAUCUGCUGACAUUAUCACUGUAUUACUGUCUGAACAUUUCAUACAGAGAGUCGGGCGUUGGCCGUCUCUGCUCUUUUGGAUCUUUUUGUUUCUGACUUGCACAUGUUGGUCGCUGCUGAAGGAAACCCUCAGCUCCUGGUUUCUGUGACGUCUGACAGUAAUUAUACGACACGAAGAGCUGACUCUGAAAGCGCUCAGUCCAUCUGUCGUCUGGAUUCGGAUACACAGAUUUACAGUAGUGUGUGUAUGCUGUGAAGUGUCAGAGUGGUUACUGUUGUCACUGAGCUGUCAUUCAAAGAACCGCCAUCAUUUCUCUGGGUUUAGUUCAUUUGAACCCCUUUUGGAAACGGGGAAAGAAAACCAGUCAUUCCUCCAUCGUGUGACGUGUAGUUUUGCAUCAAACUCCCAUUUUAUAAAUUUACAUCAUUUUUAAUUCCAGGCAGAUUAAAAAACUGUGUAUAAAUUUUAAUACACAUAUUUUCUUCUAUUGUUCUUCAGUAAAAAACAAUUCCUUUAAUUUUCUCUCUGUUGCUGAGUUUGUGAUCGGUGACUCAAUUGGUUAGCAUCCUCGUCUGUUAGCCUGUGACCAGCAUUAUCCAACGAGUACAAACCUGUGCUAACUCUACUUUAAUAAGCAAAAAACAAACAAAAAGACCAAUACUGAAAUGUUUUCAUUAGAAGGAAACUAAUUAAUUUUACUUGUCUAUGUUCCUGAUUCCUUAUAAUUCCUAAGCAUUUGCUAUUUUAAUGCAUUCAGGCCUUUAUGCUUAAUGUUGUUGUAUGAAUGCUGUAUAUAAAUGUGUGCUCUUA